AUGUCCUUCGGAAAGGUUAUUCGGUUAAACACAGGUGCCACCAUCCCCCAGAUCGGUCUAGGCACCUGCUCUGAUCCAAAUAAAAUCGAAAGUGCUGUGAAUCAAAAGUCGUCGUCCUAUGUCGAGAUCGCUGUCCGCAAUGGCUAUCGUCACCUCGAUCUCGCUAUGAUCUAUGGGAACCAGGACGAGGUCGGACGUGCGCUGAAGAAAGUCAUACCAUCCGUCGUUACUCGCGAGCAGCUUUUCGUUACCUCAAAACUCUGGAACUGCUCGCACCAGCAAGGACCAGCCGAGGCAGAGCUUGACGAGACAUUGCAGCAGCUCGGACUCGACUACCUCGAUCUCUAUCUUAUACACUGGCCUGUUGCGUUCGAGCCUGGGAAAGGUCCUAGGCCCUUACAUCCGACCAAGGAAGGAGAGGCAUACUUGGACCUCAAGACAUCCCUUGUUGACACCUGGAAGACGAUGAUCAAGCUGAAGGAAAGUGGCAAGGUCAAAGCUAUCGGCGUCUCCAACUUCACGAUCGAGCAUAUCCAAGGCUUGAUUGACGCUACUGGUGUCGUUCCUGCUGUUAACCAGAUCGAGGCUCACCCUCUACUUCACCAAGAUGACCUCGCUGCAUACUGCAAGCAGGUAGGCGUCCACAUCACCGCUUACAGUCCGCUGGGCAGAAAUAAGGUUGGCAAGCCUAUGCUUACCGAAAACGGUGCAGUGAAAGAAAUCGCUGAGAAACUCGGUGCAACUACUGCUCAAGUCGUCAUUGCUUGGGGCGUUUACCGGGGCUACUCUGUUAUCCCAAAGUCUGUGCAAGAGGACCGCAUCAUCUCGAACUUCAAGCAGGUUGCACUCAGCAAGGAAGACUACGAAAAGAUUACAGCGAUUGCAGCAGGCAACUUCGAGCGUUUCAACAUUCCUUUUCGCUAUAAACCCAAGUGGGACAUCAAUAUCUUUGAUGAGGAAUUCGAAAAGACUGCUACCCAUCAGGUCAAUAUUGUAUAG